CUUCCUUUGUUAACUGUAAGGGUGUGGAAGUUCGAGUGUGUUUAUUAUGGUGGUAUUUAAAAUGAGUAAUAUUGGUAUUUUAUUAGAAGAUGUAUUAUGAUUUAUUACCAUUUAGGACAUAGACUUAGUUAUGUUGUACAACAGACCUGAGAGACUUUCUCACUUCUGUGUGGUCAGCGAUGAACUGCUAAGUUUGGAAUUCCUGUUAGCACUUCCUGUGAGGGUGUGAAUGAAGUAAUGUAAUAAACUUGCAGUGUGUGUUCUAUAGAGUGUGUUCAUUGUGAUCAGACACGGUGCAGCAGUUGGUCAGUGUGUGUUUAGCUCUAAUUCUCUCUUUGGAUUAAUGUGUGUGUUUGGGUCCUCAGUAAGAAUGCAGGUGUGUUUUCUUCUCCUCCUUAUACAGCUUCAUGUCACUGAAGGCUGCAGGCUGGAAGGAAACAGAGAGAUAAAACCCAUCACUGCAUACACAGGAGACUCAGUACUGCUGCCCUGCUCCUGCACUGACCUCCACACCAAACCUGAGACCUUCACAUGGAGGAAGGACACAAAUGAUUGGGUAGAGAUAUCUCCUGAGAGGGAGCAGUACAAAGACAGAUUUCAGCUGGUUAAUGAUCACUCUUCAGGAAAUCUCUCUCUGCUCAUAUCACACCUGACUGAAGAGGAUGGAGGAGUUUACAGCUGUGUUCUUAAAGUGAGUGAAUACAGAGACUUCAGACUCACUGUUAAAGGCUGCACACUGAAUCAACAGACAGUGACUGUGACUGGAUACGUGGGACAGUCUGUCCUUCUGCCCUGCUCUUGCUCUGAACUACAAGCCAAACCACACACUUUCAGAUGGAUCUUUUUAAAAGAGUCUGACCCCAAAGAAAUCUUCCCAAAGGACGAGACAAAUCGCUACACGGACAGAGUUCAGCUCUUUAAUGAUUGUCUUCCAGGAAAUCUCUCUCUGCUCAUAUCACACCUGACUGUAGAGGAUGGAGGAGAUUACAAGUGUAGUCCUAAAGAGAGUGAAUACGGAGACUUCAGACUCACUGUUAAAGGCUGCAGGCUGGAAGGAAACAGAGAGACAAAACCCAUCACUGCAUACACAGGAGGCUCAGUACUGCUGCCCUGCUCCUGCACUGACCUCCACACCAAACCUGAGACCUUCACAUGGAGGAAAUACACAAAGGAAAAGAAAUGGGUAGAGAUAUCUCCUGAGAGUGAGCAGUACAAAGACAGAUUUCAGCUGGUUAAUGAUCACUCUUCAGGAAAUCUCUCUCUGCUCAUAUCACACCUGACUGAAGAGGAUGGAGGAGAUUACAAGUGUAGUCUUAAAGAGAGUGAAUACAGAUAUUUCAGACUCACUGUUAAAGACGCACCAACAAGACCUUCAACAUCCACAGCAGUGAUCACAACAACUUCACCUAAUUCCAAACCAGAUGUCACAACAAAUGCUACAAAACCAACCUCAGUGGUCAAAGACAAAACAACUGCGCACACUGAAACAUCUUCUGACAAAGGUAAUGUGGUACCUGACGCGCAGAAUACCUACAUGUACUUUACUGUCUGA